CUUUUUCAGUAUUCUCAUAUCCUCUUCAUUUCUUUUCUUUUCACCUUCUUCAACCUUUUGUUUCCUUGAAGAAUUCAAUCUUGAUCAAGAUGGGUUCAACAGGUGAAACUCAGAUGACUCCAACUCAGGUAUCAGAUGAAGAGGCACACCUCUUUGCUAUGCAACUAGCCAGUGCUUCAGUUCUACCAAUGAUCCUCAAAACAGCCAUUGAACUCGACCUUCUUGAAAUCAUGGCUAAAGCUGGCCCUGGUGCUUUCUUGUCCACAUCUGAGAUAGCUUCUCACCUCCCUACCAAAAACCCUGAUGCGCCUGUCAUGUUAGACCGUAUCUUGCGCCUCCUGGCUAGCUACUCCAUUCUUACUUGCUCUCUGAAAGAUCAUCCUGAUGGGAAAGUUGAGAGACUGUAUGGCCUCGCUCCUGUUUGCAAAUUCUUGACCAAGAACGAGGACGGUGUCUCUGUCAGCCCUCUCUGUCUCAUGAACCAGGACAAGGUCCUCAUGGAAAGCUGGUAUUAUUUGAAAGAUGCAAUUCUUGAUGGAGGAAUUCCAUUUAACAAGGCCUAUGGGAUGACUGCAUUUGAAUAUCAUGGCACGGAUCCAAGAUUCAACAAGGUCUUCAAUAAGGGAAUGUCUGACCACUCUACCAUUACCAUGAAGAAGCUUCUUGAGACCUACAAAGGCUUUGAAGGCCUCACAUCCUUGGUGGAUGUUGGUGGUGGGACUGGAGCUGUCGUUAGCACCAUCGUCUCUAAAUACCCUUCAAUUAAGGGCAUUAACUUUGAUCUGCCCCACGUCAUUGAGGAUGCCCCCUCUUAUCCCGGUGUGGAGCAUGUUGGUGGGGACAUGUUUGUUAGUGUGCCCAAAGCAGAUGCCGUUUUCAUGAAGUGGAUAUGCCAUGAUUGGAGCGACGCACACUGCUUAAAAUUCUUGAAGAAUUGCUAUGACGCCUUGCCGGAAAACGGCAAGGUGAUACUUGUUGAGUGCAUUCUUCCCGUGGCUCCUGACACAAGCCUUGCCACCAAGGGAGUCGUGCACAUUGAUGUUAUCAUGCUGGCGCACAACCCCGGUGGGAAAGAGAGGACCGAAAAGGAAUUUGAGGGCUUAGCUAAGGGAGCUGGCUUUCAAGGUUUUGAAGUAAUGUGCUGUGCAUUCAACACACAUGUCAUUGAAUUCCGCAAGAACUAAGGCUCAAGUCCAAGCUCCAAGUUACUUGGGGUUUUCCAUACAACGUUGCUGCUGUCUCUGCUUUUGAUGUUGUGAUUGCUUUUUUAUACGAGUAGCAGCCAUCUCUUAUGAAACAUUUAAGGUUAAGGUUGCGUUUUGUAUGCCUGAUUUUCUCAAAUAACUUCACUGCCUCCCUCAAAAUUCUUAAUACAUGUGAAAAGAUUUCUUAUUGGCCUUAUGCUUCAAACAGUGAAGACUUCUGUAACGGAAAAGAAAGCAAUUCAUGAUGUAUGUAUCUUGCAAGAUUAUGAGUAUUUUUCUAAGCAUUAAGUGAUUGUUCU